AUGAUAAGAUCGGCUUCUGAUGUCAGUUUGCUUGUUAUCGUGGUAGCGGCCAUUGUUACCUGCACAACUGCAUACAGAAAAGGUGAUGUUCGACUCGACACUGGACAGAAUAUGGUAUCACCUUACGAAGGUGUGGUUCAAGUGUACAACAACGGCAGCUGGGGUGGCGUUUGCGCGGGAGAAUUCGGCAAUCAUGAAGCCAUGGUUGUCUGUCACCAACUCGGUUACGAACUCAACACGCGUACGGCGAAGUCACAGGACAUGUUCCCUGGGAAUAACAACAUGGUGGUAACAGUGAGCAGGCUGGGUUGUCAUGGGAACGAGAAUUCGCUUGGGAACUGCCCUACUGUUGAGUAUGUAACGGGUGCGAGCCCGACUGUAUGCCUUGGUGAUUGGGAUGUGGCUGCCGUUGCAUGCAGCCCCAUUGAUGAUUAUGCAGUACGUUUGAUGGGUGGAAGCAAUCGUUUUGAAGGUAGGGUGGAGGUAUACCACAGAGAACACAGCAGCGGGGUAUGGGGAACCAUAUGUAACGAUUAUUGGGGCUACUCUGACUCCAAGGUAAUAUGCCGGCAGUUGAAGUACGGUAAUCCCGAAAAGGCGCGAGAGAGUAACGGUGACUACUACAAGGCCGGGUCAGCUGGCAUGCGCGUGCUCCUGGAUAACGUUGGCUGUUACGGGGACGAGACCACACUGGCAUCAUGCCAUCACCGGGGAUGGUACAUUGAGAACUGCUACGGGAAUACGGAGCUUGCUGCAGUUGUGUGUGAACCAGCAAUCGAACAAGGCUACCUGACUGUGGGAGCCAUUGCGGGCAUCGUGACGGGUUCAAUACUAGUCAUUAUAUUCGUUAUGAUGCUCGGUGCUGUCUGCUGCAAGCAAAUGAAGAACAAGAAGAGGUCUCGCACCGAUCCCACCUCUGCCACCGCUUAUAGUCAGAACACCACAUACAUGAUCUCACGCGGCUCUGCCGCAGCUCCUGGUGUCCAUCUACCAGCUGGUAACCAACCCGGUGUUGUGCAUUACAACGUGGCAGCAGUACCACCGGGACCACCUCCGUAUUCCGUCGUAGGCCCGCCUGGUUCAGCCGUCGCCGGGUACCAACAGCCAACGUAUCCUGGGGCUACUCUUGGAGGGACGGCUGGAAAUUAAUCGCAAACUAUGUAUACGCCUACACAUUUAAGUGAGUAAUAAGUUUUGCUUGCAUUUACACAGCAAUUUGGAACAUUAGGAACUGCUGGACAGACCAAUGAACAUUAGAACUGAAUGGUCAGACCAAAAGUGUCAAAAUGUUGCAACUUAUAGAGACAAGUUUUAGUUUUGUGAUGAAGUGUUGUUAAUUUUGCUUGCCUUUUAUUAUAUUUUUUAAAAAUUAUUGAAAUAUACUGUUAAAAGCAUAUUAAAUAUGCUUUUCACUAUAUCAAAAGGAUCAUAUUAAUUUUGUUUUAAUAUGAUCCCUUUGAUAUAGUUACAUGUGCUGCCUUGUGAUCCUUUUCAUGUAGAAUAGAGUUUGUAUUGGUACCAUGGUCGUACAAAAUGUGUAUACAGCAGCCUAUUUCCUCAUCUAGAUUCUGAACAGGCUUUGAUGAGAACUCACAUAGAUGUAGAUGUGUGUAUACUGCAUGUACGGCAGUUAAUGGUUAAAUGGCUUCAUGACUUGCACCCCGACUAAAAAUAUUGGCAAAACGGGGAGAUAACCAGUACAAGAUUACUCAGUUGGUGAAGCGCUGGCACAGUAUAGCCAGAGGUUUCAGGUACAAGUUCCGCUCAACAAAAACUACGUAGUAAACCCUACCGCACAUAACUCAGCGAUUCUUGGGAGUAUUUUUAUGAUAAGGUACUACCAGUGCAUAAUAUGAAGUUCACCUGUGUGACAAUGACGUGCGAUCGAUGUGUACAUUGAAAGUGAAAAACAAAUUGUGGAACAAAUUCAUGUUAGAAGUUUU